AUCAUUACAGGUGAACGGGCAGGACGUGAGCGGUCUAAGCCACACGGAGGCAGUCAAGGUGUUCCAGGAGGCAGCUGAGCCCAUUAUGGUUCAGGUGUUGCGUCGACCUCACAACAACAACACCCAGCAGACCUCAACACCCUCCACCCCUACACACCCACACACCUCCACCACGCCCACGCCCGCUAGUGACUCCUCCACCCAACACGAGGAAGAAGUGAAGAAGGAAAGGAAGGAGGAGGAGGAGGAAGAAGGUGAUGAAGGAGAGAAGGAAGAUAGGGUGGAGGAGAGACGGGGUGACGGGGGGUCAAGUGUCACAACGGGUACACAGACGGAGAUCUCGUUGAUGGGCGUGAGUGAGUGGGCGGUGGGUGCGGGCGAGUGGGUGGGCGGGGAAGGCGAGGGCAGCGACUCGGACUCACCUGACGGGGACUACAUCUUCCCAGGUGACCUCCCGCAGUCUCUCUCCCAGUUCCUCGAGCAGGAGAUUGACAUAGAGGAGAUCAUCUUGGAACGUACAUCACCUGAGGAGAAGUUGGGGUUGACCCUCUACUACAGUAGUGCCCCAGCACCUCCACCUACUCACAUGGCCGAGCAGGAUGAAGGUGUAGGAGUAGCUGAGGACGAAGGCUUGUGUGCUGAGGACUACAAGGGUGUGGUGACGGAGGUUUUGGUAUCACAGAUUGAACAAGGGACAGUAGCCAGCAAGGAUGGUCGUCUCAGAAUUGGAGACCAGAUUUUGCAGAUCAAUGGUGUAGAGCUCACCACAAGGGCACAAACGGAAGAACUAUUUGCUGGCUGUGGGACCAGAGUCAGCCUUCUUGUCUCAAGAACUCAGUACUAUGAUGAAGAUGACUUAGUUGAGGGGGAAGUACUGGAGGAUGUUGUGGAAGAAGAUGAAGAAGUGGAACUUCUUGAUGCAAAUUCUGAAUUCCAUACCAGCAGGUCACCUGUAUUAUCAACCAAGAGCAGUGCAAGUGUAGAGAAGAAAGAUCUUCCUGAAGAUGAGAGCCACAUUAACACCUUAUGCUCAUCAUCGUCAUCAUCAUCAUCCUCUUGUGAGAGGAAACCCACCAAAAAAGUAUCUUCAGCAUCAUCCACAUCAUCUCGGGGGUCCCAAGUGAGAGGUGGCAAUAAUUCCUCUACAAUGGACCGGGAGUUGAUUGCCCUCGAUGAGAAAAUGGCUGAUCUCACUCAAGAGUGUGAGCAACUUGAGGCUAGUCAUAAGGCUACCCAAAAAGAACUUGAGCCUCAGUAUAAGGUUCCACAUGAACAGCAACAGAAAAAAGGUGUGAAAAGUAUAUCAUGUAGACCACCUGCAAAAACACCCUUACCAACUGGUUCAGAAUCUGAGCAUAUAUAUGAAUCCAUCCCUGAUGUGAGUGAAUCAGAUGAACCUAUUUACUGCGUGCCAUAUGAGCCUGGUCGAAUUCGUCGGCGCCAUCAACAAGCAACCAUCACAUCUCGUACUAAACAACCACUACACCAAAAACCAACACAGAUGCAACCACAGCAGCAGCAACAAAACAGUGGGCGUGGUACACGAGGCAGUGGCACAAGCAGUAGCAGUGGAGGAAGUGGACGUGAGCGACGUGCAGUGGAAAGGCAACAGUCAGUGGAAAGAUGGGUGAGGGAAAAUCCUCAUCCACGAUCACCUACCAAUACCAAAUCUUCGGCUCCUAUCAGUAACUCGGUAAAACGUACUGAUGUUCCCCAAGAAGAGCGGGACUCUUCCUCUGCCUAUAAUACUGGUGAUUCUACGGGCAGCACACACCGGCCACCCCCAACAUUAGAGUUAAGCUUGGGUCAAGACCCCUCCCUUAGGCAAUCUACACUCACCUUGUGUCCACCAACACAUGACCAGUCAUUACAGGUUAGUCUAGAAUCGGACACCUAUUCAGCUAUCUCCUGCGAUAGCUGCAGAAGGUGUAUGCGACUUCCACCCCUGCACCCCUCUCUACCACAGAAGACUAGUGUACGAGGCCAUGAAUCAGAUCAUGGAAUAAACACUGCCUCCCACCAAGCUCACUCAUCCAGUCACAAAGUUGCACCCCCUGACAGCGAGAGCAAUCGCAACUAUGUCACAUUUCUUCCAGCACAGACAAUGUACACCAAUGCUGCAAACCUCCAACAGACUAUUUGGCUUCAACAGCAAUUGUUUAGACAGGCUUUGAACCGGGAGAGCACUGCCCCCUCCACACCGACCACCUCGGCUCGAGGCCUCCCUCCCAGGGCACCUCCUCGCACUCCCCAGGAUCAACCUGUCAAGAUGGAGUGGAAGGUAAAGCGGCGGCCUGAUGGAACCCGAUACAUAACACAGCGACCUGUGAGAAACAAGAUGUUGAAGGAAAGAGCACUCAAGAUUAAUGAGGAAAGAGCAGGACUGACCACAGACGAUGAUGCCAUGUCAGAAAUGAAGUUGGGACGAUACUGGAGCCGAGAAGAGCGGAAGCGUCACUUGGAGAAAGAACGGGAACGACGACGACGACAUGAGCUCCUUCGGCGACAGCAGCAACAGCAGCAACAACAGGUGCCUCAUGCUCCAGAUGAACCUCCCUCAGCAUUGAGGACCUGCACACUUGAAAAUGGGGUCCAUCAGGCACUUUGGCGUGAUCACUCCAUAAGAAGGAAGACCUCAUCCACCUUAGAAACCAGUCACAAGAAAUCUUCUACUUCUAGGAAGAGAGAUGUAGAGGAAACUGCAUACGGAGCUCGAACUCCCGUUCUUCCCGCAAACCCUCCACCGUCACAACAGAUGAAGGGCCUCCUUUCAGUCACCACAGUCUGAAAUUACCAAGGAUGCAAUAUUAUCAAGUAUGCUUUGUAAAGUAGUUUAUUCAAGUUAACAUCAGACAUAACCCACUGACACUAGUUUUUGAAGAAGCAUCCAUGUCUCUUGGAUUGUUGCUCUUGAAAUGUUUCUACACUGAACUGUGUUGGAAAAUCAGUUUAUCAGACCAUUCAUUAUUUCAUACACACUGUGUUGCCACUAAUGUAUUUUUCAACUGUGGAAUAGAUCAUUAAUAUAAAAUAUAUACACAGUUGAUAAUGAACAAGUGCUUAUUCCUUAGUAAGAAAAUGCUCUACAGAAAUAGGACACAACUAUUCGUGUCAGCUUUGUGUGCUUUGAAUUUUAUAAAUUAUUCUUACAGUGAAAACCUGUCAAUCGUCAAUGCAAUAUAUUCUACAGGAAAAACAUAAGUGACUGAAAAUAUAAUACUUUGACAGUUCAAUUUUCUCAUAAUAUGUGUUACAAGUGAAAACUGGUUCAUUUUCCUGAGAGAAUAAGUGAUAUGGCAGCAUUAACAUGAAGGUGAAAAGGUUAAAAUUAAAGUAUCAUAUGAUACUUCUGAUAAUAACAGUGUUUACAUACUCCUUAUAAUAGAAGUGAAACAGUUUAUUAGUGGAAAAAAAAAGAACAUUAGUGCUUUAUUUGGAGAUGUUUGGUAAGAGAUGCUCAAUGAACAAGUGAUGCCAAACUGUCAUCCAGAAUGUGAUGUUGACUGUGGGAGGUGAUUGCCACAUACACCAUGAUAUUAAUGUCAUAUUGGAUAUAUAGUUCUUUUAUAUAGCAAUGAAGACUGCUCAUUGAACUCGUCCAUUUGUUUUAUACUUGUUGUGGAUGUUCUAUAUAUAUAUAUACAAUAUAUAUAAUAGGUGCAUUUGGAAAAUGAAAUUUUUUUGAGCUUGAUCAUGUGGUAAGGACCAGGUUAAGUCAGCAGCACCCCUGGUGUUAGUGAUCCAGCCCAUUAAGAAUUCAUUAACCAAACUGACUCUAGCUCUAUACCUUGGCUUUUGUGAUGAUUAGUCAACUCCCAGGCAAAACCCAAUUGUAUAAAUGGUGAAAUGAGUCUAGAGAGAUACACCAAGCUGCUUGUAAUUUGCAGGAGUCAUAUUCACAGGUAAAGCAGUACACAUCCCAAAUAAAGUCCCUAGUCUCCUUCGCUCUUCUUUCCCCUAAUGAUUUUGACGUUCGUCUGUAUACUCUGUAUUGAUGUAAAUUUGUGUAUAGUAAAAAAAGCUUUAUAUUGACUAUGGCCAUUCAAGAAUAUGUUAUGCUUUAAAAUAAAAUUAUUGAUAUUAAAAGUG